GCACUGUAGCCCUAAUGUAAGAGUCUAAAAGCGUAGAGUGCUAGAGCGAAAACAGACUCCAUUUUGUAUUUCGAACAGUAAGGACGGCUGGCUUGUGUCGGUAGUACAAAUUUACGCUGGAUUUAAACGAGAAAAUGAACGGGUGUCGUAUCUUCAUUGGUCGGCUGAAUCCCUCUGCAAGAGAGAAAGAUGUCGAGCGUUUCUUCAAAGGAUAUGGCAGAAUCCGCGACAUCGAUCUAAAACGCGGAUUCGGUUUUGUGGAGUUUGAUGAUCCACGAGAUGCAGAAGAUGCUGUUUACGAACUUGAUGGCAAAGAACUCUGUAAUGAAAGGGUGACCAUUGAGCAUGCUCGUGUGCGCCUGCGAGGGGGGCGGGGGAGAGGCGGUGGUGGUGGUGGCGGCGGUGGUGGUGGCGGCGCCGGCCGCUUCCCAGCCCGCUACGGCAGAGGCUCCACGGACAGUCGUAGUCGGAACCCCCCUCCUAUGCGCACCGAGAACCGGCUCAUUGUGGAGAACCUGUCCUCGAGAGUCAGUUGGCAGGACCUGAAAGACUUCAUGAGGCAAGCUGGGGAAGUGACUUUUGCGGAUGCCCACCGCCCAAAGCUCAACGAGGGCGUUGUUGAGUUUGCGUCUUCCAGUGAUCUGAAGAAUGCCCUGGACAAACUGUCUGGGAAGGAGAUCAAUGGGAGGAAAAUCCGACUCAUUGAGGCCAACAAAAAGAGGUCCAGGUCUCGUUCUCGUUCCGAGAGCUCGUCGCGAUCUCGUUCCCGUGGUCGCUCCCCGUCCCGCUCCCGCUCCCGGAGCAGGAAGUCGUACCGCUCCCGCUCUCGCAGCCGUUCCCGCUCGCCCAGCCACUCCCCAGCCCGGCCCAAGUCCGAAUCCAAGCGCCCGCUGCGGGCUGAGUCCGGCUCCCCCACAAGCCCCCCCGUGCAGCGUGCACCGCCUUCCCCGGUCCGCUCCCCAUCUCGCUCUCGUUCCCGCUCUCGCUCCCGUUCCCUUUCCCCAUCCUCCGACAGCCGGCACUGAGCAUGGCCUCCACAUAAAUACAUACACACACACACACACACACACACACACACACACACACAUACACACCCCCCCCCUCUCUCACACACAUAUACACACACUUGAUAUGGCCCCGCCUGCUGGAUGUCUUCUCAUGAACAGCUGUUCCCUCCCUCCUGUGUACUAGUCAUUUGCCAGCAUUCUGAUCAAACCACGUUUGGAUAAGAUGUGUUUCCUUUGCAAAAAAAAAAAAAAAACACACAACCACUCUGAGAGACAGGUAGCUGGCACUGCAGGAGAUAAUUAUGCCCAGUAUUUUUUUUUCUCUUUUUUUUUUUUUUUUAAGUGCACAAAACGCAUUUAAUUUUUACAUUUAAGAGCAGCAUGACGGUAAUUGACAGUGAAAUUGUUUGGACGCCGAUUUGAUGGUGAAACUACAACCAUUGGUGUGAUACUGUUCUCCACGUGAGAGUGCCGUGAAGUCUCAUGGACUCCUUGUCGGUAUUAGCACAGAAGUGAACUUGGGCGAUCUGUAAAAGGUUCCGUUCAGAUUUGGGUCUGUGGUGAGUAUGGUACUCUUCGCCCUCGUUUUACUUUUCUUUAUCCUAUUUUUAUUUUUUAAUGUUUGAUGAAGUUGGAUGGAAGAAAAAUUCAUUUAAACUGGUGUUAAAAUGUUAAAUUUUGUGUGUGGAAGAAGUCGAAAGUAUUGUUUGGUUUUUGUAUGUCUGUGUGUUGCUUCUUGGAAAAUACAUUCAGUCCGACAUGAUUUGUCCUUUUAAAAGUAUACAAUGCAGUCAGUUCCAAGUUUCUAAAUUUGCUUGAACCAAUUUGCUGAUUUAAAACAAACAAACAAGAGUGGUUUGCUGGUGUUCAUUCCCGUAGAAGAUAAUGGUGGUGAAAUGGUCUUUGAUGAGUAUCUGUGUGGUGAGUGGGUGCUGGUCAGGUCCAGGCACUGUCCAGUCAGGCUUGUCCUCACAGGGUUUGUCUGCCCCGGCAGGGUUGUUCCUCAGUCCUAGCACGAGGAUGCCCAAUCACAGAGCCUCAAAGGCCGUGGCAGAUUACAUUAGCCACCUCUGGUUUACUGAUUUCCUAGGUGACAGGAAAGCUACAGAACAUCAGGGUUUUGUUUUUUUCUUGUCGUUUCCUCUGCCAUCCUCCCUUCAUCCGGCCAGCCUCACUCAGGUUUGGGAUGUUUAGUUCAGUUUAUUAACUGACUUGAUAUUGUACAUAUUUUCUGUAUCUGUUAUUUCACAAUAAAAUGAAGACUUCAGUUAUUAUGA